GUUGUCGUGAGAUUAAGACCGUGGGUGUUGAUAAGAUGGAGUUGUAGUCGAGGAAGGGGGGGGGGGAAUUCCGAGUACCAUAGCUGGCUAGUUAGCUUGGAGACUCAUUAAACAAGUCUAAAUAUAGUCAGCUACCUCCUCGAAACCCUACCCAUACGUACAUACCUCUUAUUGUCAAGUGAGAAUGGGAGUGGAAACGAUCAAGAGCUGGAAUCCUCAUGGGCAUUCCUCUUCUGGUUUUAACUUUAAAUUCCGUCAAGCCAAGUUUAUCGGUACCUUCGUGGUUGGGGUGGGAACCAUAUUGGCUAUAAUUGGUCUCGUCGUGGUUUAUGUGAUUGUGCCUGCUGCAAAUCUGGGGAGAGUUAAACGACAUUUGAAUCUGAAUGAUAGUAAUUCAGUUGGUCGUCGAACGUUUGAAUUCCCUAAAGGUACUUCCUUCAACCGGUUCUUUUUCUUCCGUCUGGACCACUCUUGCGAAAUUGUGAAUGGUGAUAAACCCGAAGUGGUUCAAAGAGGUCCCUAUACAUUCCAAUCCCAAAAAGAGCGAGUCAAUUUCCAAUAUCAUGCUGAAUCGGAUACUUUGUCUUACGAGACCAUCACUCGCUACAAGUUUGAUCCAGAACGAAGUUGUGAGGUGUGCCAAAGUACGGAUCGUAUGAUCUUCAUCAACAUACCCUUGAUCACCUUGAUCUACUUGGGGCGCACCCAUCGGAUGUUCCCACAGCACUUCCUACACGAUCUGAAUAACGCCAUCCAAUUGAAAGGCUCUCAUCCGGAUAGCGUGGUCACAUUUAUGCAAGUGGAUAAGUUCCUGUUCCAUGGAUGGAAUCCACCCUGUCUUCGAUGGUUUAGGGAGUCCUACUCUGACUUGUGGCAAUACCUACCAGAAAGAUUCUACCCUGAGGGAUUUGCUUUGCAAAAAAGUUCCAAUGUUUCCGAUUUCUACACCAUCAAAGGAGGCUUGAAGAACAUAGAAGAGAUGUUCCAUAUUCAGCAAUGGGGACCAGACCCCAAUGACAUGUUUGGGGACCUCACACCAGUCCGUUGGUGGACCCCCAAUGGAGGUUUUGAGGGUUCCAACGCUUGCAAUUGGUUAAGAGGAACGGACGGUUUCCAAUUUGCACCUCUCAUCACCAAAGACCAACCCCUUUGGAUGUUCCACAGAGAGUUGUGUCGAUCGAUUGAGCUCAUUCCAGUGCAGGGAGACGAAAUGGUGCAGGGUGUUCCCGUAACCCGAUACGUUAUAUCGGAAAAUUCUCUGCUCUUCAAUACGAAACGGAAUUUGGGGUUCUGCAUGGAGGCAGAGGCUGGGACCAACUGGAGUGCCUGUGUUAAAGCCAGUCCUCGCUCCGAGCGAUUGGACGUUGAGGAGUGUCUUUUGGAUCCUCAAUAUCACGGCUAUUGUCACAAAGCGGUGUGGGACAUCACCUCGUGUAUGGACGGGGUGCCUUUGGCCUUGUCUUUGCCACAUUUCUAUCAAGCUCCCACUGGCCUUCGAACUAGCGUGAAAGGGCUUUCGUCAUCUUAUCCACCAUUUCAUGAGACGAGGAUCAAAGUCGAGCCCAACACGGGAAUGGUGGUCCAAUACCAAAAGCGAUUGCAGUUCAAUCUGCACUUGGAGAGUGAUACCAACAUCAGUCAAAUGGAGCACAUUCGAAAGGUGCUACUGCCACUCUUUUGGUACGAGGAGAGCUAUGAGAUGGAUGACAUGACCCUGAAUUUGAUCAAGAGUGAUGUUUUGGCUCCCAACAAGGUCCUCCAAAUUGUCCAAUGGUUUGUGGUGGCCCUUGGGGUGGGGAUUGUUCUCCUUGGAAUAGCCCAUUUUUGGCUCUGUCGUUCUAGAGAGAAGGCUUAGUAUUUUUGUUCCUUGGGAGGUAGAGGACAUAUCUUUACAAAGUUGAAAUAAUGUCUGUUGAGAAUACAGUUAAGCUUACAACAACAAAUUUUCGACUAAGUAACGCAAUUUGUACUUCAUUUUUUUCGGACUUCCCUAUCGCUACUGGGAAUGGGCUCCCCAGCAGUCCAAGACGGAGAAAGGUCGUGG